AAGAAGGAGAAUCGGCCAACAACCAGGCUCACACUUUCCGCUUGCCUCCCCACUGUCGAAUCAGACCGAGACGAACUAAUACAUGGCAGACACGCGGCCCUCGUUUCGGGUCUGCCACCUCAAAAACCCGUACCUUUUGAUGCCGCUGCUAUUCUUUGUUUCUUCCCCGCCUCCUCUUGUUUCAAGCGGAGUUGACAAGCUCAAUGGUGUCUCGAUGUUUUUCUUCUUCUUCAUCCGCCUCCUCCUCUUCACGUGUUACUGUUGUUGUGGUGCUGGGCUUACUGCUUUCAUGGUCGGAGCGAGCCGGAGCUGGAGGAUUCGAGCCUAUGCUUCGGCUUCCGAGCUUUAGGCGCGGGGCGAGACGGUCGAGGACGAUGAGGGUAGUUUCAGUGAUUAAUCACGGCGCUAAAGGAAAUGGGAUCCAAGAUGAUACAAAGGCCUUUUUGGAUGCUUGGAAACUUGCUUGUUCCUCAAAAGUAGGAGCAAUCCUUAAAAUUCCAGCUGGGAAUGUUUAUUUUCUUAGGCAGACAAACUUUGGUGGCCCUUGCAAAUCUAAAGUGACAAUGUUGCUCAUGGGAACAAUUGUGGCACCCUCAGAUCCUGAUAUCUGGCAACAGGAAAAUGCUCGUAGAUGGCUUUAUUUCCACGGGAUAAAGGAUCUUGAAAUUAGAGGCGAAGGGGUUAUUGAUGGCAUGGGCCAGGAGUGGUGGGCGAGGUCAUGCAAGGUCAAUUCUUCAAAUCCAUGUCGAAGAGCCCCAACAGCAAUUACGUUUCAUCGGAUGAGGCGUCUUUCCUUACAGGAUUUGACUCUGGUGAAUAGUCAAAAGAUCCAUCUCGCUUUCAGUAAUUGCUUUCAAGUUCAAGUUUCUCGGGUGAAAGUGAUUGCACCUGAAAGAAGCCCUAAUACUGAUGGAAUUCACAUCAGUUCAUCUGUUUCUGUUUCAGUCAAGGAUAGCAUCAUUGGAACAGGAGAUGACUGCAUCUCUAUUGUAGGAAACUCUUCUAGCAUCCUAAUAAAGAACAUCGUAUGUGGACCAGGCCAUGGUAUAAGCAUUGGAAGCCUGGGCAAAAAUAAGUCAAAUGACCAACUGCAAAAUGUACUUGUUGAUGAAGCCUAUAUUUCAAACACUGAGAACGGUGUUCGGAUCAAAACCUGGCAGGGGGGUGAGGGCUUUGCUCAAAGCAUAGCGUUUCGCAACAUCUUGAUGAGAAAUGUUUCGAAUCCGAUAAUCAUUGAUCAGUUCUACUGUGAUUCAGCACAACCCUGCCAUAACCAGACAUCAGCAGUGAAAGUUGGUCAGAUUUCAUUCAUUAAUAUCAAAGGAACUUCAGCAACAGAAGAUGCAGUGAAAUUUGCUUGCAGUGAUAGUUUCCCAUGUGAGAAGAUUUUUCUCAAAGAUAUUGAGCUUUCCCUUUAUUCUGGAGGGGAGACAGCUGCUUCUUGUUGGAAGGCAUCAGGUUACAGUUCUGGAGCUGUUCAUCCCCCUUCUUGUCUUUCCAGUGAAGAUUUACUUAUCAAACAAAGUGUUCUAUCUCUGUCUCCCUUAUAUUCCUCUAUAUAUUUAUAUUUAUGGGUAGCAUGUAAUUGA